ACUCUAACGGGCCACUGCGGGAAGGUGAUGGCGGCAAAGUUUCUUGGCGAGCCUUCAAAAGUAGUUACCGGCAGUCACGAUCGUACCCUAAAAAUUUGGGACCUGCGUAGCAAAGCGUGCAUAGAAACGAAAUUCGCGGGCUCCAGUUGUAAUGACCUAGUGACAUCUGACGGGGCAGGCUCCACGAUAAUCAGCGGCCAUUUUGAUCAGAGAAUAAGAUUUUGGGACACCAGAUCCGAAUGUAGCUCAAACGACAUUUUAUUGGAGGGAAAAGUCACGUCUCUGGAUUUAUCUCGAGAUGCAAAUUACCUUCUAAGCUGUGUCAGAGACGAUACGUUGAAACUCAUUGAUCUGCGGAUGAAGAAGAUCAUUGGAUCAUUUAGCGCCGAUGGCUUUAAAGUUGGCUUCGAUUGGACACGCGCAACUUUCAGUCCAGAUGCUCAUUACAUAGCAGUUGGCUCUUCAGACGGAUCCGUUUUCAUUUGGUCUGUCGUCACGAACAUGAUUGAAACUGUGCUGAAAAACCAUUCAGCCGUGGUGACAGCGGUCUCCUGGCAUCCCCAUGGCAGCUACCUCGCCUCGGUGGACAGAGCAAAAGCGGUGACGGUCUGGGCCGGCCAUGUUUAACAGGCAAAACAAACCGAGAUAGACGAUUGUUCCACGCACGAAGGUCAGCGCGUUC